AUGCAGUAUCACGGACAGUGCCUCGUUGACACAGCAGCCACCGGGAAACUGCUUUACGCCAAUGUUAGCCUGAGUUUCUGGGCCGGAGUCGAUUCCCAGACCGGAGAGAUCAUUGACCGCCAUCAUCCACUCCACGGACAAUCCGUCAACGGUCGCAUAUUGGCCAUUCCGUCCAGCAGAGGAUCAUGUACGGGCAGUAUUGUGAUGAUAGAGCUCUUGUUGAAUAAAUGUGCCCCCGCCGGACUCAUCUUCCAAGAGCCAGAGCAGAUCAUCACACUAGGGGUCAUCGUGGCCAAGACACUCCUCGACCUGUCCAUUCCGGUACUUGUCCUCAAACCAGAGGAAUUCCAAUCGCUAAAAGAACAUACAUACGCUACAAUUACAGGGCCAACCCUCCAGACCGGAGAGCACCCUCUCCCACCACCCAUCUACGAAGCACCUUCAUCGCCCCCAUCAAAGACCCUGCACCUGUCCGAAACUGACCAAGCAAUCCUCCAUGGCGCCCGAGGAGCAGCCGCCCAAAAAGCGAUGGAGGUCCUCCUGAGCUUCGCCCAGAUUCAAGGCGCAACGAGGCUCAUCGACAUCUCCCGCGCCCACAUCGACGCCUGCAUUUACACCGGCCCCGCCAGUCUGCGGAUCCCGCAGACCUUCCUGUCUCUGGGCGCUCGCGUCGCCAUUCCGACCACGCUCAAUGCCAUCUCCAUUGACCGACGCCGCUGGAGGGAAAUCGGCAUCAAAGAAGAACUGGCAAUUCCCGCCGACCAGCUGGCGGAAACCUAUCUGGCCAUGGGCGCGCGACCUGUCUUUACCUGUGCACCGUACCUGCUGGAGUCUGCCCCCACGGCAGGACAGGAUAUCGGCUGGGCCGAGUCCAACGCGGUGGUAUUUGCGAAUAGUGUGCUUGGGGCGCGGACGCAAAAGUAUCCCGAUCUGAUCGAUGUGUGUAUUGCGUUGACGGGGAGGGCUCCUUUGGCAGGCGGCCAUGCGGAUGAAGGCCGGACGCCGUCGGUGGUGGUUGAAGUCGCGGGUUUGCCGAAUAUGGAUGACGCGGUAUGGCCGCUGUUAGGAUACCAAAUUGGUCAGCUGGCUGGGGGAGAUAUACCCUUGAUUGUCGGGUUGGAGCACACAAAGCCUCGUAUUGCGGACCUUAAAGCUUUUGGAGCUGCUUUUGCGACCACGGCAUCCGCCUCAAUGUUCCAUAUACAAGGUGUGACUCCAGAAGCGACCAAGUUCGAAGGGAUAGAGCAAUCAGCGAAGCGGCAGGUCGUGCACGAAUCCGACCUCGUGCGGACGUGGGAAGAACUGAGCACCGCUAAGGACUCGUCAGUUGGGCUGGUGUCUUUGGGGAAUCCUCACUUCUCGCUAGAAGAAUUUGAAUCGCUCUCCCGCCUGUGCGCCGACCGCAAGAAGGAACCCUCGGUGCAGAUGAUGAUAACAACCGGUCGAGAGACCUACGAGCUCGCGGCUAGCAACGGUUAUAUUCAAACACUGGAAGCAUUUGGUGCAACCGUCAUUACUGAUACCUGCUGGUGCAUGAUCCGAGAGCCGGUAAUACCUCCAGAGACAAUCAAUCUUAUGACGAAUUCAGCCAAGUAUGCGCAUUAUGCUCCAGGAAUGGUGCAGCGAGGGGUGCAUUUUGGAAGCCUAGCGCAGUGUGUGGUGGCCAGCUGCACGGGCUAUUUUGGUGGAGGGCCAUCAUGGAAGCAAGACUGUACAGCAUGA